AUGAAUGAUAUAUAUACAUCGAUAAAAUGUAAAAGUCUAGUUUUUGAUGUUGAGUUUCACCCCAAAUUAGAUCUUAUAUGUACUGGCUUAUCAGAUGGAAAUUUAUUAUUAUAUAAAUUAAAAGAGGAAAAAAAAAAAUUUCAAAAAAAAUGGAAUAUAGAUAAUAAUGAAAACUCAGUUAGAUUAGUAUCCUUUUCAAAGAAAGGGAAAAAUAUUUUGGCAGCAUUCUCAGACAGUAAAUGUUCUGUGCUUGAUAUUACGGGGGAUAUUUUAUGGACAAAUAAAUGCCAUAAACAUCCUAUAUCCUCAAUUUUAUAUACAGGCUUAAACACAUUUUUAACAGCAGACGAAUCGGGUAUUAUAAAACAUUGGGAUAUAAGAGAUACAUCAAACAAACCUAUCCAUAAAAUAAAAGAAUUUGAUGAUACUAUAUCAAGUAUGGUAUUAGAUAGGGAAGAAAAUUCAGUUGCUGUUGCCUCUGGUGGAUAUUUAGGAUUGUUUGACAUUUUACAUAAAAAAAGAAUUCAUUCUAAUACCAUAUCAGAAGAAUAUAAAGAUGAGUUUUUAUGUUGUGAUUUUAUUUCGAAUAAUUCAAAAAUUGUAAGUACAACAAUGGAUGGAAAUAUAUUUGUUUUCUCAAGAAACCCAUGGGGUUGUGUAGAAUCAAAAAUAAAAACAAAUAAAAACACAAUAAAUACUUUUGUUAAAACAAAUGACAAUGCAAUUAUAUUCGGUACAUCAGACGGUUUAAUACAAACUGCUCAUUUUAACCCAAACAAACUUGGUGAUGUAAUUGCAAAAAACAAUACAGGUGAUUCCAUUGAAAAGCUAACAAUUAAUAAUAAAAAAACAUUAUUAGCAAGUAUAUCCCAUGAUUAUUCUAUUGAUUUUUACCAAAUCAAAGUAAAAGAUUCUCAUAUAUCUAACUCAACCAAAAAAAAAAAAAAAUCCUUUUUUCGUGAUUUGUAA